UACAAUCCACAACUUAUCGCCACCAUCCCUCUGUAGCCAAAUGAGGGCAAACCAAAUGUCGACUGAUCAGCAGAAUUGCCCAUCUGGUCCAACCUUACCCCCUCUCCGCCCAUUCUACUUUUCAUCUAAUCCCAAGUCGGUGGCCCAGUUUUCGAGCUACUCACUAUCCCACUCAAUCAAUUUCCCCGCGCAUUCUGCCUCUCCUAUGCCACAGCUCAGCCAGUCCUCUCCACCACCGUCAACCCACUCGUCUGCCCGUCGAGAUCGCGACCAAGACAAACAGUUUAAUCCUAUCCAGUCUCAACCUUCCGUCGAUCGAUUGAAUAGCAUUUCACCAUGUUCAGGGCACCGGGGCGAUACCAACUCCAGAAGAGCCUCGCAAGCUCACCUAAUCACCCCAACAGCAUCUGAUUCGAAUUUAUAUAAUCAACGACUGAAGCGCAGUGCCAACCGGGCGGAGCUCGACCAUCAUUCCGCCCAUGGAAAUGAAAGAUUUGUCCACUCAGAAGUGCAUACUUCUUUGAAAACUCAAACUAAAAAAUCAAAAAAUGAUCAUAUUCCUCAAGGCAAUUCACAAGUUCGGGCCGAACCUCCUCCCUCUGAUUCUGAAACACACAAAUCAAAUCCCCCACAUCAUUUGUCCCCCAUAAACUCAGUGACAGUUUGGCAAGCUCAACAAGAUGUAAAGCCUAUUGAAGCUAGAAAUUCAAUAAAAGGACAACAGAUGACUGCUGCACAUGAACAGAAAUUGAUAAAGCCCUGUGAUAAGCAUGCUCUGUUGGCUUCAUCAAAAUUAUCCUCAAGCUCUCCAGACCCUCAAAUAGCCAACCAAAAUCCAGUACCAAAACAUAAACCUGAAGCCAUUGAAGAGCCUACUAGUCCACUUGCUAUUGGCUUCCUCCAACCUCAAAAUCUAACUGCAAUGCAACAAGUAAUCAAGUUAAGGGAAGAGCAAAAGCAGUUAAUUGAACAACGGAGAAAUUCAUCUGCUGGGCAUUCUUGUUUGAAUUCAGCCUCCUUAUCAUGCUCUGUUGAUCAGACAAUUGCUGCUAAAAUUGCCUCAUCAACACACAACAAAAAGAAUGGACUUAUGAAACUGAUUUGGCACCCAGAGUCAGACAAUCAUACACCUUCAUCCAACAACCUAAAACCACAGAAACCACCUCCUAACAUCAAUGUAUCCUCAAUUAAAAUAGCUGAUUUCAGCAGGCAAAAAUCUGUUUCUUACCAACCGCACCAGAAGGCUGCUCAAAAUCAUCAGACUCACAGUUCACCUGUCUCAAAUUCUGACAACCCCAAAUGCCAUCCUUCAUUUGGGUCUGGUUCAGUCAUUGCCAGCCGAAGAGGUCAGGAGGUCAGAGAAAAGGUGAAAGGUAUGGUCCUAACCUCUCAAGAUUCCCAAGUCCAUCUGCUUGAACAUCAAUCAAUCAAGUCUGCUCCAAUUUGCAGUGGGUUUUUGCAAGUCCCCCCUCAAAAUGAAGAUGUGACUAAAAUGGCACAAGAUUCCCCAAAAAACAUGAAUGGUCAACAGGAAAUCACAUGUAAAAGCCAUGUUCACAACUUUCAACAGCCAUUCUCAAUUGCCAAAGUCAACUCUCAACUGCCUAAUCUGAACCAUGGAAUCAAAAAACCAAUGCAACCCAACAUUACCACCAAAAUUAGCCAUGAUCCUGGUCCUGGACAUCCCCAUUUUGCCUCAUUUUCCUCCAGUCAAGGCCUUGAGCGACGGAAGACAAUACAUGCAGGUUCUGUGAUACAAGUCCCAUCCCUCACACAUCUGAUGAACAAACAAAGUCAAAGUCAUGGAAGUGUUCUGCAAACCAGACAGUCAGAUAAUCUAAAAAUCCAGCAUGCCAAGAUACCCCCCUCAGAUUCCAGAUCAUCAAAUACAAUGCCUACAUUUAGCAAUUCUAAAGAAUCUAGAAACCAGCACCAAGAUAGGAUGAAUGAAAUAUGUAGCACUGGUAAUCAGAGUAAUCCAUGUCUAUCCUCCAAGGUUCCUGAUCCUCAAGCAUGCAACACCCAGCUUUCAACUUCCAGCUUGACAUGCCCUCAACAGGCACCUCACCACCACAGUGUUGCAUCAGCAGGUGGUCCAGGAAUCCCACCCAAGCACUUGUUCCUACAAUUGUUUGAGACCUUCUAUGACUCCCUAUCUGAUUGCCAGACACUCCAGUCCAAUCUUGAAGACCAAAAACAACGCUCAGAUCAACUAAUCAACCUGCUCCAGCAGUCGUCAGGUGUAUUUGAGAAGAUGCUUGAGGACCGGAUAGCAACUCUCCAGAGGAUUUUACCUGUGAAUCCAAUUACUUGA